GCAUUAACCUCCCGCCUUCCUCACUAGAACAGGUUGGUGGAGAGUAAAAUGUAAAAUUAUAUUUUAGUGCCUUUAUCGAAUUUAUUCGACGUGAUAUUUGAAUCAAGUUGAUGCUACAAGACACGUAUCAAAGAUGGUCAUACUGGUUGUGUUGCAUGUGGGCGGGAGUGAAGGUGGUGUUGAGGGUUGCUGUUGGUGUUCGUAAUACCCGAAUUUCCUAGGAUAAACAGUUGUGGUGUAGGCGUUUGGACUGUAGUAGGACUAAGGCUGCGUGUAUGUUGUUGUGUAGUGUGUGGCUUACUGCAUGAUGGCUGCUACUGCUGCCUUGGAGGGUGCUGGCUCCUCCAGCAAGGAGGAGCUCAAUAUGCCCUCUGUUGUUCAGCCUCGUAGAGGAGCCUCCGCUGGCACCACUCUGUUGCAUGACUCUGCACUCCGCACUGCCACCAACAAAGCUGCUACCAGUUCCCCUGCAUCAGUUGGAGCCUCACUACAUUCAUCCAUAUCUACACCCACAGGCACCAAGCUGGCUGUGACCACACCCUCUGAGUCACCUGCGGAGGGUGAAGGUAUCAAGAUUGUUAUAGACGAGGAGAAAGAGAUCGCACUUAACCAGCUGGAGGAGCUGGAAGUGGCCAUCAAGGUACGGAAGGUAACCAAGGUUGACGGUCGGAAGAUUCGAUGGAUUGAGUAUCGUGCCCGUAAGCAAGCUGAAGAGGCAAAUAAAACUCCCGUGAACACAAAGAGAAAUGCACGUUGGUCAAAGUACAAGGAAGUGGAGAACAGUGAAAAUGAUGCAAAUGUUGUGAAUAACAAUAACAACAACAAUAAUAAUAAUAAUAGCAAGAGUGAAAGCACUAUGAAAGUGGAUAUGGCAAGUACACCACUAAGUGUGGUUGGAACUAAUAAUGUCCUGGAGAGUAUGAAGCAACAGUUUCUGCAGGGCACAGAAAAUGUAGAUGAGCCCCUCGCAAAUGGCACCACUCAAAAGAGAAAAUCGGGACGAACUCGUAGGUCAGUCAGCACUCCUGAAGGAGUGAACUCCAAUAGUUGCUCCCCUCAAAAGUUAAGCCCUUCUGAAACCAAAGGAACAAAUCUUCGUAGUGCAAUUGAAGUAAAGAAUAAUUCUUCUGGAAAUGGCUCACUUAUAGACACUACACAAAGUAUGCCAAACACACCAGCUACACCCUUUACCUCAACUCCAGCUCUUACAGCAUCUAUUGAGAAAAAGUUUUUCUACCCCAAGUCUCUAACUAAAGGAUUACGUGAGGUCCGCAAGAUAGAAAAUGGUACUGAUGGGGAAGUUACUGUAAAAGCAGAGGAUGUGAAAACACCAGCUUCUUCCCCAAUUUCUUCUUUAUCUUUAGGAGAACAUAUUCCAGCCUUACCAGAAGAAAAAUCAGAAACUAAAACUACUUGUCCCCUUGUUACAGCAGCUGCAAAAUUGAUUUUGCCAUCUGCCAGGUCAAGAUCUGCAGACAACACAUUAGCAAAAAACAAAAAAAUUGGUGCUCAAAAAGGAAGCUUUAAAAAAGCUGCUGCCAAAGCUGGAGGAAGAUCAGAAUCAGAACCAAGAAGCAUAAUGAAUGGUCAUGCUGAAAUAUUACUAAACGGUUCAGCUGAAGAGAAGAGCUCCUCUCCGGCAGAAGGUUCAUCUGUAAGUGAACCUUCUACUCCGAACCGAAAUAAGAUGAACAAGGAGAGCUCCCCUGACAAUGUUCUUGAGCCUGACUCGCUGUCGAGACGACCAAGAGGAAGACCACCUCGGAGAGUCUCUUUGAUUACAAAAGCUAACAGUACUACCUCAUCAGUUAAAUCAAGUAAGAAACUAAAGACUGUGGUGGCUGAUGUUCAUAAUACUAUGAAUGGCGAGCCACAGACUGUGAUCCCAGUUAGUAGGCCAGUUUUAAGAGGGAAGAGAGUUUCUCCAACUAAAAAAUCUCAGAAAGUGGCAGCAUCAGUUCUCCAAGGGGAUACUGAUGAUUUAAGCACCAAGGGCUUGUCUCCACUAAAACAGCCAAAAACUCAUGAAGAAUUUAAAUCCAAAGCUGACAAGAAUCAAAGUGAUCUUCAGCUAAUUCUUCCAGUGCAUAGUUCUAAAAAAAGGAAAUAUGUUGCGAGUAAAACAGAUAGUGAGUCUGAUCAAGGAGAGAAAGAAGGUAAGGAGAAUUCAAGUGCCUCAAUGUGUAAUCAAACACCAAUACCCCCUGAUAAAACCCAGAGUACAAAGUUGGUAAAAGGCAUCCAGAAGCCUUCCCAUCAAGAAGUGCCCUCUUUGCCUGAACCUGAAAAUCCCACUGCCAUUUCAUUAAGCCUUAUAGCUGAUAAGGAACCUAAAUAUUCCAAAAGGGGUCCAAGACUUAAAGUUGUUAAAGCCAAAAUCAAGAAAACAAACGUGACUACGGCAAAAACUGCAGCAGGGAAAAAGAUCACAUCAGCAGGAGGUAACAAGAAAGGUAAAGGUGGCCAAGCGCAAAAAAGUAAUAACGUGCAAAAGCACAUAUCACCAAAGAAGGGCAAAGCUUUACCAAAGGUUAUUAUUGUAGAUAAAGAAGUAUCUGCAGAAAAAGUUAAUCCUUCACCAAAAGUUAUCACUGAAGAUACGCUUUUGCAAGUGGGUAGUACUUUGCCGAAGAUGAAUUCUAGUGAAAAAGAUGAAAGUAGUUUAGCAAACAUCAUCUCCCCAACCUCUGAUUCUUCUAAGAAAACAAUUUCUCAGAAGGAAAAUAUUUUAAAUCUGAGUAACUCUACAGAUAAAGACGUUUCACCACAGAAGAACAGUACCAAAUCUAAACCCGUAGAGAAUGGCAUGCCUAGGAUGGACAUCAAAGUUUUGUCAGAAAUAAACUCUACGAAAAAAGAUAUUUCUCUCCAAGAAAGUAAUAAUUUGUCACAAUGUAAUUCUGGAAAAAAUAUUUGUUUAGAAAAGAGUGGUGGUUCUGUAGAAACUGAUUGUAUAGAUAAAGAUAAUUGUGUACUAGAUAGUAAUAAUGUGGUGGAAGGUAAGCUUAAAGAGGAAGAUACGUCAACAAAGGAGGUAUCGUUUUUAUCAGGAGCUAAGUCCAUCGAAGAUCCUUCUAUAGGGGAGGGUAACUCGCCCAGAGAAGAUAGUUCUAUAAGAGAGCAUAGAUCUCUGCCAGGAGCCAAGUCGUCAAAUGAUGAUGUUUGUAUAAUGGAAGGUAAAUCUUUGCCAGGUUCUAAGUCAACAGAAGAAGAAACUUCAAUAAGGGAGGGUAACUUGCCCACAUAUAAGGGCUCAGUAAGAGAACAUAGAUCAGUGCCAAGUGCAGACUCUGUAGUUGUUUCUAAAGGGGAUUAUAAUUCUUUGCUAGGAGCAAAGUCAACAGAAGAUGCUUCUAUAAGGGAAGAAGAUAAUUCUUUGCCAGGAGCAAAGUCCACAGAAAAUAUUUAUAAAAGAGAGGGUAAUUCUUUGCCAGUAGCAAAGACCACAGAAAGUACAUCUAAGGGAGAGGGUAAUACCUUGCCAGUAGCAAAGUCCAAAGAAGAUGCUUCUAUAAGGGAGGGUAAAUAUUUGCCAGGAGCAAAGUCUACAAAAGGCACUUAUAAAAGGGAAGGUAACUUGCCCACUGAUGCUGUUGUAAGGGAACGUAAAUCCCUACCAGGAGCAAAAUCUACUGAAGAGGCAGCUUCUAAAAUGGAAGGUAGCUUGCCCACAGAAGAUACUUCUAUAAAGAAGUAUAAAUCUCAGCCAAGAGAAAAAUCCACAGAAAAUGCUUCUAAAAUAAAGGACGAUUAUUUGUCAGCAGCAACAUCCACAGAUGUUUCUGUAAGGGAGGGUAAUUCUUUGCUGGGAGCAAAGUCCACAGAAGAGACGUCUACAUGGACAACCAACUUGUCCACAGAAGAUACUUCUGUAAGGGACCACAAAUCUCUGUUGAGAGUAAAAUCUACAGAAAAUGCUUCCAAGAUGGAGGAUAAUUCUCUGCUAGUAGCAGAGUCCAAUGAUGAUACUUCUGUAAGGAAGGAUAAAUUUUUGCCUGUGGCAAAGUGUACAGGAGAUGACACACCUGUUCAGAUGAAUAAUACUUUGGCUAGCCUGGAGUCUAUAGAGAAAGAUGUUUCUCUACAGGAAAAUAGUACUAUACCUGAGGUAGAGCCUUUAAAGAAAGAUGUUCCAGUACAAGAAAGUAGUAUUUUGAUAAAAUCAAAGUUUGUAGACAAGGAUACAUCACAGAACAAUAAUUGUCAGACAAAAGUAGAGUCGAUAGGUGGUCUGUCUUUACAGAUUAGUAGUAUUGCACCGAAAGUCAUGUCUUCAGAAAAAAAUGCUUCUAUAAAGGAAACUAGUCCAUCAUCAAAAGAAAAUUUUAUCAAUGAGAAACCUCCAGUACUCGAAAAUAUUGUUUUGCCAAAAAUAUGUUUGGUAGAAAAAGGUAAGCCUGUACAAAAUGUAAAUUCUACUAAUAAUAAUGAUCCUCUACAGAAGGGAAUAAAUGCACUUAAAGAAAAUAAGGCAAGCAGAGGCAUUCAGGAAGUAAAAGAUAGCAAACUGCAAAAAGUUAUUGUUGCACUGAGCAGAAAUCAGUUGAAAAAUGAUAAAACACACAAGAAUCAACCAUUGCAGAGAGACAUUUCAUUUACCAAAGCUAACCCAGACAAAAUUGAGAAUCAGAAUGCUCCACAUGUUCAGCAAGCGUGCCCAAACCCAAGAGAAUACCAAGCCCAAGUAGCUGGACAAGCUGAGAACCAUACUCCAUCUUUGGAAAAGAAUUUAGAUAAAAAUCUAAGCCAGGUUCAGAAAGAUAGGACAUUACAGAAAAAUAGCCCAGUUCAGAGAGGUAGUCUGCCAGAGAAUGAUGGUCUACUUUUUAAAGGUGGACUACCUUUGAGAGGUAAUUCCAGUAAUGACAGAGGUUCAGUAUCAAAAGGCAUUACCGCUCAGAAAAAUAACCCAACUAAUAAAGGUCCUGCUCAAAAGGAUAAUCCCAUGGCAAAAAUUGCUUCUGCAUAUAGUCAGGUGUGUCCACCAUUAAAAUGUGAAGUUCAGAGAAGCAUGUAUGUAAAAGACAUUAUGAAAACAAACAUCAUCUCACCAUCAAACAGGCCAAAUGAAAAACAGGUAAAGGAAGUUGAACUAAUAACUGAAGUGCCAAAUUCUUGUAUCUCGGAGCAAAAGAUUGCCAAAGACUGUAUCACGGGAAAAGGUCCUGCAUCCCAAGAAAUUGUGAUUGUUAAAGAUACUUCUAAACUAGAGAGAGAGGUUGAACCAAAUCAAGAAACAGAGGUAGAAGUUAACCACAUAGCAAAAGUUGAAAUACCACCAAAGAACAAUGGUGAACAGAAAAGUGAAUUGCAGGUAACUAGCCAAACACAAAAGGGUAAAGGCAAGAAGCAAGCUCCAACAGGUAUUUAUCAACGUGUGAGUGGUCAGAGUAUUACCGAAGUAAAAGAAUGCAGAAUAGUCGCCUCAAGAUGUGGUGAAAGUUCUCAAUCUCAACAACAUACACAUGUACCAGCUAAAAUAUAUAAUAAUGAAGUCAAGAGUAACAAAGAUAAUAGUAAUCAUAAUGUUACCAAAGAUCUAAAAACUAGUCAGGCAUUAAAUGCAUCCACCUCCUCAGCUGUUAAUCAAGUAAAAGAGAAAAAUAAAUUAGUACAGAAUGAGACUUCCAUAUUGGAAGAGAAGGCAGCCGCAGGACCAUCAUCCACAACGUCUGAGGUUCCACCGUCUUUAACUGCAAAAUCAAAGGAAAAACUUCCCAGAAUUUUGAAGCAGCUUUUUCAAGAUGAGGGUGUACAGAAUAUGCUCAAGAGUAUGGGUGAAGACACUAGUGUUGCACCUGAAACUUCACCAAAUAAUGACCCUGGCACUCAUAAGUUGCGUCCUAAAAGAACAACUGAACCCAUGUUGUCCUCUUCUCCAGAAUUAGAUGCAUUAGAAGCUUUCUUUGCAUGUGGAAGCAAGAGGAAAAAAAGAGGCACCGAGCUCGACACAUUGUACAUGGAUGAAGGUGUCCUCAAUCUUCUGACCAGCUUGGAGACCCAUUCUAGAAGAAGUCAUUUAGAUGAUGCAUCUAGUGACACAUCUCAAGCUAGUAGUUCUAGGAGUGUUAAAGGUAAUAAAUUUGGUAAAUCUUCCCUUGAAGUAAGUUCUGAGAGCAGAAAACGGAAGUUAAGUGGAGCUAGUAUAGUUAGCAAUACCUCAAAUAGAGCUAUGCAACCACCAGAUAUCAAAAGGCCUUGCCUGGAAAGCCAGAAUCCAAGUGCUGAUCCGUAUGCGCUGGAUGCUGCUGAGGAAUUCCAGGAACGAAUUAUUAGUGGCGAACCCAUCUCCUCUGAGAUGGAUGUAAAUUUAAUGAAGAAAAAAGGAAGGCCAUCUCUUCCAUUGUCUGUAAGACAAAAGAAUAAAGCAAUAAGAAUACAAUUAAAACUCCAAAAACAGAAGCAGAUGAAGGGUAUGGCUUCUGAUUUUACCCAACUCAAGGAAGAUGAUAACAUGAAUUUGGCAGAGCUGAAGGAAGUCUUGAGGAAAGCCAAAGAAACAUUUAAUGAAACCCCUCUGACAGGCACUGCUAUAGAGAAAGUGUCAGACAAGUCUGUUCCUCCUCUGAAGAUCAAAUUAGCAUCUGAAAGUGUUACUAUUAAGUCUGUGACCAGGCCUAGUCCUGUUCAACAUAGGCCUACAGCUGCAGGUUUAGAUAUAGGGAAACAGCAAAGAUUACCUCCCAGACAAACUGUUAGUGACAUUCCCAGUAGACCUGUACCAAGACUUACAACAGCACUUCCUGAGUCAAGAGUCUCGGCUCCUGAUUCAAGAGUCUCGGCUCCUGAGUCGAGAGUCUCGGCUCCUGGGUCGAUCUCUGCUCCUGAGUCAAGAGUCUCUGCUCCUGAGUCAAGAGUGACAGCUCCAGUCUCUAGAGUGUCAAUGCCAGACUCCAGAGUGUCGGCUUCGGAGUCAAGAGUGUCAGCUCCAGAGUCAAGAGUGUCAGCAAGAAGUACCAUGGAGAAACACAGAUCCUAUCCAGAAAGACGAACACCACCACCACAAUUUACAAGACUUGAUAACAUGUCGUCCAACCCUCCUAGUCUUACAAGCUUUACAUCAUUAAUCAGAAAUUUUGAGGGUAAUGGAAAUCAAAGAAGCAGGCAACGAUAUGGAGGAGAAUCCGUUCGUCAGUCGCAGAGGGCAAGUGUCCGACAGAGUGAAGGCAACUAUCAUUAUCGGGACAUAUCCCUCAGGAAAUUUAACAAUUUCAUGCAAAUCAUUCUAUCCCCUUCAACAACUAAAAUGAAGAAUGCUUUAAAUUCAAGGGUUUUACGAGAGCUGUGUGAGGCACUUAACAUCCUGAAGCGUGAUGAUUCUGUACGAAUUGUUUUGCUUACUGCUACUGGCUCUACGUUCUGCCAGGGUGUUGAUCUUACUGCUCUUCAACACCCUAAUAUUGAAACUCGGAAGAAGAAUGCUGAAAACCUUGUGCGAGGCAUAAAAGAUUUCCUAAAGGCGUUGGUGCAGUUUCCCAAGCCUAUUGUAGCUGGUGUCAACGGGAAUGCAAUGGGUCUUGGCGUCACUAUGUUGCCACUCUUUGAUAUGGUUAUUGCAAAUGACAAGGCAGAGUUUUAUCUACCAUAUGCAAAACUGGGUCAGGUGCCAGAAGGUGGAGCUACGUACACUUUCCCCAACCUAUUUGGUAAAUUGCAGUCGACAAAGCUGUUCUUGGGCCAUAAAUUAACAGCGUCCAAGGCCCAAGAAAUGGGUCUGGCUUCCGAGUCAAUAUGGCCAGCUACUUACCAGCAGGAGCUCAUACCUAAGGUCGCUCUCCUUGCAACACAGUCGGCCCAGAGCAUGGAGGCGACGAAGGCACUGAUGAACCACCACCUAGUGACAAAGUUGGAACUCAGCUUGGAGUCUGAGUGCAGGCUUCUCCUGCAGCAGUGGACAUCGCCGCAUUUCAAUCAUCUUUGCAAGAGAUUCCUAGAUACCCAUCACAUCCACCUCCAGAAACCCGUCAACCUGCCCCUGUAGGGGAUGCUCCCUCCACUUAUCGACACUCCCAGUCACCCUAACACAAGUUUUCACCUUAGUUCCAUUCGUGUGCCACCAAGAUGGUUGCACAGCACCAACGUAGGCAGUGGGCCAUUAGUGGCGGUGGUGCACAAGUGAACUGUAUGUAACUAUUGAUAAUUUAUUAAUAUGAAUUUUGUCUCGAGCUAUAGCAGCCACGAGUCGGAUUGUUUGUUGUGGCCGCUCAAAGAUAAUGUUUACCAAUGAAUUUUUACUGAGUUUGAUGCUGCUUGAACUCCAGAGUUAUGGACAGUUGUGCAGAAUUAUAUUAUUAUUAUUAUCGUGCCCAGGUGUGGACAUACUUAAAAUAUGAAACUCUUUGUUCUGGAGAAGUAUUUAAGAGGAUCACUUGAGCAAUCCGCUUAUUCAAAGACGGAAAUUUUUGGGUAUCCACACCAGAAUGAUGCUCACUUGUUCCCAGCCUGAACUGUUAUACGUGGAACUCAAUAUGUGAUGACUGAACAAUGCAGUAGUGUGAUAUUGGCGAAUAAUGUCUAAUGCUGUACUUCACAGUGACUUGAGGCCUUUUUUUGCAAGCUCUCCCACCCUCCUCCAAGUGGCAUCUGCUACUCCCACUUGGUGGGUAAUAAUGUAUAGUGUACAGUUAACCGAGUAUCUGCGCAAGUGGAUAAUAUUUACUUUUAAGAGACUGCGAUAGCAUGGUGCGACAUGUAGUUACUGAGAACAGCAGGGAAGCUAUGUAUCCUACUCCUUGACGUCUUAAGUGUGGCGAGAUGUCCACAUGCAAAACAAACACACACACACACACAUACACACUCACAACUAGGUAAGUACACACACUCACUACAAUAGGUGAGUACAAAUAGGUGAGUACACACUAGCAAACAGUGCUCUGGGGUCAUAGUCCUAAAGGGCCUGGGUUCGAUUCCUGGCUGAGAAACAAAUGAGCAGAGGUUUUUUACCCGAUGUGUGUCUUCACCUAGCAGUAAAUAGAUACCUGCUAUAGGCUGCAUCUUGGGGUGGGUGUGUGUGUGUGGGUGGGUUAGAGGUGCAGAGUCCAAGAGCUAACUGCUCAAUCCUGCCACUACAAAUAUUAAAUAUAGACACAAACACACACCUAUUUAACUGAAACCCCCACAUCUUUUCCCAAUUUUCCACACACUGUACCACAUCCUUCCCCUUCACUCUUACCCCUGAUCCUUGUCUUCAUAUUCCCCUUUAAAGUGCUAUAUACAGGUAGUCAUUCUGGCUUAGUGCUUUCUCCUCAUAAUUAUGUUGUCCCUCACCCUCUACCUUAACCAAAUACAACCAACCUACCUCUCUACUCCACCUCUCACUAUCUCCUCUACCCCUUCUUUCUCUUAGCCUUCCUGUCCCUUCCCUUACUCUCUUGUCUUCUGCCCUUCCUCUCAUCCACUCCCUCUCGCCCCCUUCUUCUCCUCCACUCCCACUCCUUCCUUCUUUCCCUUCCCAAUUACACACAACUUGUGUAUGUUCCCAGGGUUCACCAAUGCACAAGUUAUAUUUUACAUGAGAGUUAUUUUAUUGGGAUGUGUUCCUGUGGUGUGAACGUUUUGUAUAUUUCAAGUGAAUGUUGAUAUGUGAUUUUUGUAGUUGAUUUUUUAUAGUUGAGAGUUGUUGAUAAAGUACAACCUAUAUGCUUAUGGCAGUCCUUGAAACAUGUCGUUCUCAUGCAAUGAAAGUUAUUGAAUUUUGAUCAAAUGAUUUAUUUUAAUACCAAACCAUAAAUGUCUGAAAUAUUCCUGAGUGGAAAGUGUGUUAUUAGAAUGAAUUUGUAAGGGAAGUGGCUUCAUAAUUUAUCUUCAUAUAUACUCUGUAAAUAUUUUUAAUCUUUAAUUUCUUAUUCAUCAAGUGCUGUAUGUUAAUUUUAUGGGUAAAUUUGGUUAUUUAUCCCAUGUACAUUGUGUUCCUGUCUUUGUUCUGUAUUUAGCCUAGUCAGAUAUCCAAACUUAUUAUUUGUUUUCCUUACUCUUGUAUAUCACUUAGUAGCACUAAAGUGACUCUGGUCAGGCCACAGGUUUUGUUAAGAGGUGCCCAGUAAUAAUGUUCUUCACACCUCUUGGUAUUCAUUCUGUCUUCCUUAAGUAAUCGAAACUUUUUCAUCCAUUUUCUAAUUGUACCUUUAACAAAUUUUUAUUUCAUGUAAUGAAUUCAGCUCAUGAAUUAUUCCUUUAUGGACUUUCACUGUGUCUAAUAUAAUCAUGCAGCAAACUUAUUUAUUGUGAAAAUACCUUUUAUUUUAUUAAGAUUUUGCUGAAUCAAAGAUAUGUGGCAUUGUAACAGAUCUCAGUGAUUUCCCCAAAGUACAAUCUUCAUCACUUGCACCAACAUUUUGUGAAGGCAGAUUUGCCCUUCCUCAUAGCCUUCUUCUCUCCUCCUCUUUAUCACUUUAGUUACGUAGUACACGACCCAUUGUACAUACUUGUACGGUUUGUAAGUAUAAAUACAUGCAUAUUUUCACCAA